AUGGUUCUCGACUCUGUUAUGCACGCCAUUUGCACCAAGCGCCCUAAGCUGGCAACUCCUGAAUUGGAAAGCUCGCCUUCUAGCUCUACCCUCUCGAAAGUCUCUAUCUUGACCAAGUCCAUCAGACACAACGAUCUCUUGACCUUCAAGAAACACAAGCUCCACGACCCUCGCACUCCGUUCCCAGUUGGCUCUAGCAAUAUCGCCUGGAACGGCCCCCAGCUCCGCGGCAGUGUCAUCUCGUUUGAUCUAAACGCCCCCUCGACUCCCGUCAAGAAACGUUCCUCGACUCCUGAUCUUGCCUCCACCCAAAGCAACACCAAGGGACCGGGCAAAAAGGAGAAAGACAAGGAUGCCAAUUUCUCUUACGUCCACGCCGAGCUUGUCCGCCCUGCAUCGAUCAUCUUUGCUAGAUAUCUCUCCACCGGCCGCCUCGUCAUUCCAAUCCCUGGUCAAGAUCGCGAUGUCAUUCAGCUGUUCGUUCGCUUCCUCUACUCUGGCAACAUCAACAGCAAUGUCGCCGAUGCCUGUACCGUAAAGGCAGGUUGCAAGACUCUCAACUUCAAGCUGAGCGACGACUCCUUCGCCCAACUCAUGACUCCCGACGAUGAAGAGAGACUUCUCGUCAAGGCUUACCUGUUCGGCUAUUCCUACAGCUGCUGGACAUUCUGCGAUGCCAUUAUCGACACUCUCAUCUGCAAGAUCAUCGGCCAAAAGAGAGCCCCUGUCCUACACCAGCUCGUCGAUCUCAGCACCAAUUGCGGCUCCUUCUACCCGCUCAAGAUAUUCAUCGCCCAUCUCGCCGUCUACACCUGGUCCGACAACCAGCUCUGCGGGUUUGCUAUGGCCCACAAGUUUGACAGAAUCGAUCAUGUCAGAUUCUGGGCUGAUGUUGGAGACUAUCACGCCAUGCACAAGACUGCCACUUACGGUCUUCCCAAGGCUCCUUGGCGCAAGUCGAUCUGUCACUACCAUGUUCACAACUCUUACCCCAAGUUGAAGUACACUUGCUACGCUCAAGGACAAGGACGUCAAGGUUGA